UGUGUGUGUAUGUGUGUGUAUAGGGUAUAAAAGGUUGUUAUCUGGCAGCAGGUGAAGUUUACAGGUGACUCUCCAGCUUUUCUUCAUCAGACGGAUUUUAACUCCAUGUGCUUGAGUUCAUUUACAGAAACAUCUAAAACUGUCUACACUGGGAGCUUUGCCAAGCUCCAGUACCUGCAGGAGCUCCAUCCUUGUGGGCCAUCGGCUGGAGAGAUGGAGCUGGAGGUCAUUGAGGAGUAUCUGCAGGAGCACUCAGGAGAAGAACCCAGAGCACAGAGCCGGACUGAUGGGGAGAUCAUCAUCGCAGAGAACAGCUGGUGGGGGCGGUUUGCGUAUGAGUGGCAGUACGGCAGCGCAGCCAGAGCAGAGGACAGAACCACCGGGCAGCAGCAGUGGCCCAGCCAGUACAGCACCAAUGAGUGGGGCGGGCAUUGUGUGUAUGAAGCUCCGCCCCUCAGUGACUCUGACUCCCACUGCAGCUCUGUCUGCCCAGAGUUUCCCCCAUCGCCCCCUACAGGUGGCCGGAGAACUGCAGCCUGGGAGACGCUGCCCAUCGCCCCACUGGCGGGUAAAAGAAAAGAGCGUUUAUUUCAGUUUCUGUAUGAGAUGCUGCAGAGUCCCGACAUGCGCAGCUGCAUCUGGUGGGUUCAGUCAGCAAACGGAACCUUCCAGUUCUCCUCACAGAACAAAGAGAAACUGGCGGAAAUGUGGGGGAAACGCAAAGGAAACCGCAAAACCAUGACCUACCAGAAAAUGGCUCGAGCUCUACGGAAUUACUCACGCACCGGAGAAAUCUGCAAAGUCAAACGCAAACUCACCUACCAGUUCAAUGAAAGAACUCUGAGGGGCCUCCAGAGCAGCUCCCAAAAAUUCAGCUAAUAAUGCCCCCAGAAUUCACACUGAAUUAAUAAUUCAUCCAAAAUUUCACUCUGAAUUAAUCAAUUAUCCAAAAUUUCACUCUGAAUUAAUCAAUUAUCCAAAAUUUCACUCUGAAUUAAUCAAUUAUCCAAAAUUUCACUCAUCAUUUAUCAAAACAAUGCACUAGAAAUGAAUAGUUAAACCAAAAUUCAUUCUGAAUUCAUAAUUUAUUUUAAAACAUUUAUUAGAAAUUAAUAGUUUAUCCAAAACUUUACCCUAAAAGAAUAAUUUACACACAAUUCUUUAAUUCUUUAGUUAAUAAUUUAUCCAGAAUCUCAUUCUGAAUUAAUAAUUUAACUAAAAUUCACUGUGAAUUAAUAAAUUGUCCAAAAAUUAACUUGUGUUAAUAAUUAAUCUAAAGAUUCACUCUGAAUUAAUAAUAAAUCUACAAAUUUACUCUUGACUUAAGAAUUUAUCUGAAGUUUCACUCUGAGUUAAUAAUUUAUAUCAGAUUCAUUCUGACUUAGUAAUUUAUCCAAAUUCUGACUCUAAAUAAUUUAGCCAACAAUUCAUCCAAAAUUUCACUCUGUAUUAAUAAUUUAUCCAAAAAUGUAUUCUGAGUUAGCAAUUUAUCUGAAAAUUCUCUGAAUUAAUCAUUUAUCCAAAACUCACUCACAGUUAAUAAUUUAUCUACUCUACCAAUUGUUACUACUCUAACAAUUUAAAUAUUCAAUCUGAGUUAAUAAUUUAUCUAAAAUUCACACUACAUUAAUAAUUUAUCCAAAAUUCACUCUGAGUUAGUAAUUUAUCCAAAAUUCACUCCAAGUUAAUCAUUUAUCCAUAAAUUCACUCAGAGUUAAUAAUUUAUCUGAAAAUUCACUCUGUUAAAACUUUAUACAAAAUUCACUCUGAGUUAAUAAUUUAUCCGAAAAUUCACUUACUAAUCUAUCUAAAAAAUUUACCCAUAGUUAACAAUUCAUCUAAAAAUUCAUUGUGUUGAUAAUUUCUCCAAAAUUCCCUCUGCGUUAAUAAUUUAUUCAAAAUUCACUAAGUUAAUAAUUUAUCUAAAAAUUCAUUCUGAGUUAAUAAAUUAUCUAAAAAUUUGCACUGACUGAAUGAGCUGUCUAACCCGACUGCGUCACUCUGCUGCAGGGAAUCCUGAAUAAAUACUGAGUAUUUACUGUUUCACACCUGCAUUGAUUAUCUAAUGGAUCUGAUUGGCUGCCUGG